AUGCGCUCUGAAUCAUUAUUGGAAUAUUUACUGGUGAACUUCCGAUGGGUGUUUGUAGUUUUUUUUCUUUUACCGUGUACUGUGUUGGGAAAGAUAUGGUCGGUAUUCGAAAAAAGUUUAUGGUCACGUCAUACAGGACUGGAACACGAGAAAAACCUUAGCCAUGUUCAACGCCAGAUCCGUCAUAGAAAUAAACUGGCACCAGAUCAAGUUAUGUGUACGGCCAGACCGAGUUGGCGGAGUAUGACAAUAGCUGACAUGGCUUACAAAAAAUAUAUGUUCAACAUAGACGUUCAUCUAGACGGAAUCGUUUCGAUCAAUGCUAAGACUCGAACAGUCAGAGUGGAACCGGGUAUUACAAUGGGCCGAUUGAUUCCCAUUUUGAUCGAAUCCGGUUGGACGGUGCCUGUGGCUUUGGAUAUGGAAGACCUAACAAUCGGUGGUCUCGUUAUGGGAACCGGAUUGGAAUCGUCAUCGCACAAAUUUGGAUUAUUUCACGAAACAUGUACACGUUAUGAACUCAUUACGGCCAACGGCGAUUUGAUCAUAUGUUCAAAGUCGGAGAAUGCAGAUAUUUUCGAAUCCAUACCAUAUUCAUAUGGCACUUUGGGAUUUUUAACAGCGGUUGAUAUUCAAAUGAUACCAGCGAAAAAAUACGUAAAGCUCAAAUACCGUCCAAUUCGUACAUUGGAAAAAAUGGAGUCUCGACUGAUAGUGGAAACUAAUGAUUUAGAGAACAAUGAUUUUGUCGAGCUAUUAAUAUACAACAAAGACGAGGGAGUCUUGAUGACUGGAAAAAUGACAGACGGCAAUAGAGACAUUAAAUAUGUCAACAGAAUCGGUCGAUUUUACAAACCAUGGUUUUUUAAACACGUUGAAUCAUUCCUAAUGACAUGGAAAAUUGGCGAGGAAUACAUUCCACUAAAAGAUUACUAUUUUAGGCACAAUAAACCAUUAUUUUGGGAAAUUCAAGAUAUAAUACCUUUCGGAAAUCACCCAGUUUUCCGUUAUCUACUAGGAUGGCUGAUGCCUGCAAAAGUGGCUUUAUUGAAAUUGACACAAACGGAUACGAUCAAGCAGUUGUACGCAAAACAUCAUUUCAUAGAUGACUUCAUACUACCAAUUUCCAGUUUGAAAAAAUCAGUUCAACAAUUUCAUGCGAUUCUCAAUAUUUAUCCCAUUUGGGUAUGCCCAACCGUUUUGCGUCCGGGAAAAGGUCUUAUGCAUUCACCUGCAACAGUAAACAAUAUGUACAUCGAUAUUGGUUUAUAUGGUGAGCCUAAAGUCUCCAAAUAUAAUCCAACAAUUUUAAGGGACCUAGAAAUAUUUGUACUUAAAUUAAAAGGAUUUAAGAUGAUGUACGCCGGUACAUAUUUAAAUAUAGAUGAGUUCAGGACAAUGUUUGAUCAUCGAUUGUAUGACCAAAUAAGACAGAAUCUAAGUUGUAAAUCUAACUUUCCAGAAGUCUACGACAAAGUAAAUAGGGAAGCCAGAAUAUAA